GUCAUAUUCCCAAAUCCCAAACCCUAGCUCCAUUUUCUCUUGCAGGAUUUAGAAACAGAGGAUUCUAAUUUCUCCUUAAAGUCUCUGCCUUUUUCUUAAUUGGUGAGGGAAUUUAGUGUCUUGAUUAGUCAUGGCGAUGUUAUUAGAGGAUAUUGUGCGGGCGGUGGAGAUGUGGUUGAAGCUGAGGAAGAAGCAGCCGCAGAUGUAUGUUGACCCGAAUCUUGAUCCCGUUCUUUUGGUGCCUGGUAUUGCUGGGUCCAUUUUAAAGGCUGUGGAUAAUGAGAAUGGCAGAGAUGAGCGGGUUUGGGUUCGGAUUCUCAGUGCCGAUUACAAGUUUAGGACCAAGCUCUGGUCUCGGUUUGAUCCUUCCACCGGUAGGACAGUGUCCUUGGAUCAAAAAACAAGUAUUGUGGUUCCUGAAGAUAGAUAUGGCCUCUAUGCAAUUGAUAUGCUGGACCCUGACUUGAUCCUUGGACGUGAUUGUGUUUAUUAUUUUCAUGAUAUGAUUGUUGAAAUGCUCCAGUGGGGUUUUCAAGAAGGGAAAACUCUAUUUGGUUUUGGGUAUGAUUUCCGUCAGAGUAACAGGUUGCAGGAUACAUUGAAGCGUUUAGCAGCAAAAUUAGAGUCAGUGUAUGAAGCAUCUGGAAGGAAAAAGAUAAAUAUCAUAACUCAUUCUAUGGGAGGCCUCCUUGUGAAAUGUUUUAUGUGCCUUCACAGUGAUAUUUUUGAGAAAUAUGUGAAGAAUUGGAUUGCAAUAGCUGCACCAUUCCGUGGUGCACCUGGAUAUAUUGCUUCUACAUUUCUAAAUGGAGUGUCUUUUGUUGAUGGGUGGGAGCAGAACUUCUUCAUUUCAAAGUGGAGCAUGCAUCAAUUGCUGAUUGAGUGCCCAUCAAUAUAUGAGUUAAUGCCCUGUCCAGAUUUCAAUUGGCAACACGUUCCAGUUUUAGAGAUCUGGAGAGAGAAACAAGAUACUGAAGGAAACCCUAGGAUUAUUCUAGAGUCUUAUUGCCCAAAUGAGAGCAUAGAAAUUUUUAAGGAAGCUCUUUCAAGUAACAUAGUUGACUAUGAUGGGGAGAGCAUUCCUUUGCCUUUCAACUUGGAGAUCUUGAAAUGGGCUAAUGAAACACACAAGUUGCUGUCUAAUGCUGAGCUUCCUUCACAAGUUAAAUUUUACAAUAUAUAUGCAACAAGUCUUGAGACGCCGCAUAGUGUUUGCUAUGGAAGUGAGGACACUCCUGUGACUGAUUUACAUCAAUUGCAGUUUUUCCUGCCCAAAUACAUCUGUGUUGAUGGGGAUGGAACGGUUCCAACAGAAUCAGCUAAGGCGGAUGGGCUAAAUGCAGAAGCAAGGGUUGGUGUCCCUGGUGAGCACCGGGGAAUACUUUCAGAUCAUCACGUGUUCCGAAUUCUUAAGCACUGGCUGAAGGCUGAUUCAGACCCUUACUACAAUCCAUUAAACGAUUAUGUGAUUUUACCAACAGCAUUUGUAAUGGAAAGUCACCAAGAAAAAGGCUUACAAGUUACAUCACUCAAAGAAGAAUGGGAAAUCAUUUCAGAAGAUCAGGACAACCUGGACGAUGCGGAAAGCAGAAAGCCUAUGAUCAGCUCAAUAUCCAUAUCACAAGGUGGUGGAAAAAAUCAAUCAUCUCAUGCAGAGGCUCGCGCAACUGUCACUGUUCACCCACAGAAUGAGGGUAAGCAUCAUGUCGAGCUAAAUGCCAUCAGUGUAUCUGUUGAUGCUUAGAGUUCGACCAUUUACUAAACUCAAUCAAUGUGAGGGAAGUCUUCUGAGUCUCUAUGCUUUUCUUGUGAUUGGAAAUUGGCAUGUCUUGUUAGAAGAUUUCAUAAAUUGCAAACCCUGUUCAUAUGUGAUGUAAAUAUCUUGUACAUGCUUCAUGUGAUGGUGUAAUAAUAUCAUUAUUUGUUG